AUGCAUCGAUCUAUACUAAGGAUCAUACUGGGGGCUAAAGUCUCAACUCCAAAGGAGAUUCUAUACGCCGACACGGACACGGUCCCUACCACUCUCAGGAGAUCUUGGCUGACAAGGAAGUACCUGAUACAGCUAAGCAUCAAGCCCCAAAACCCAAUGUACGAGACCGCAAAACUGCUAUACUCCAUCAAAAAAGACUACCCGAAAAGGAGCUCUCCCGCGCUGAUACACGAAAUGAGGUAUAUCGACCAGCUGGGCAUAGCCACGUUCGAGGGAACGCCAGCACAUUUCUCCACGUACAGCUACCCCCUCCAUCCAGACCGCCACCCUUCAGGACCCUCUGGUUCCCCCUUUCAAAAAAAAUCAGCAGUAGCAGAUCACAGAGCGGUGGCGGAACUAUUCAGUUCCCUGAAUAACCAGGUCCCGGAAGAAACGCUACGUAUCUUGACAGACGGAGCUAAACAGCAGACAACAAACCGUACCACAUGCGCUAUACACAUCCCAUCAUUAGAGGUAUCCAGAGCUUGGACUCUCAUGGAGCACGCCAGUAUCUUCACAGCAGAGCUGCAAGCCAUCUACCAGGCCCUAGACUACACCUUUAAACUGGACGAACACGUGCCGGCAGUGGCCAUCUACUGUGACUCUAAAUCAGUGGUAAGCUCGAUUGCCUCGUCAGCACCAGGGAACAAUGAAUCACUCCACGGAGUAAGGGAGACAAUGGCUAGCCUUAAAGCAAGUGGAACCCUCACUACCAUACUAUGGAUCCCCAGCCAUGUAGGAAUAAGGGGAAAUGAGGAGGCCGACAGACUGGCUACACGGGAAUGUUCAUCCCCAACAGGUACACGGAUCAAGAUCAACCUGUCGCCAUCAGAAAAAAUUUCCAUCGUCAAGACGGACUGGAAGGAGAAGGUCCUACUUAAUCUGAAGAACUGCCACAAGCCCUGUAUCCAAUCGAGGAAGACCACAGGAUUAGUCAGAUGGCUCUAUCACAAGGAGAGAUGUGUCACGGUUUGCCUGAAAAGACUAAGAUCGGGACAUAACUACCUUAAUGCCUUCUCAAAUAGAAUUGACCAGGGGGCGGACCCAAGCUGUCGUAAAGGGUGCGAAGAGAUUGAAAAUGCCAAACAUGUACUAGUGGAUUGCCAGGCAAACGAACCUAAUUGA